AUGGGCACUUUGACGGCCGACCUUCCUCGUUUGCCCGAGUACUGUGACCAUAAAUUGCCCACCUCAUGUCGCCUGUCUUCGAUCCCCAACUGCUGUGCUUGUGCUGAUGAACGACCACAUCAGUCAAGUUACUCGACCUAUGUUGACGGUGUCGGUUUCGUUGCUAGAGGUGCUCGUUGGGACCGCUACUGUUGGCCAUGCUCUCAGUUCUGGAGAAACAGAGUAGCUCAAACAAAUCUACUACCCACCCAGACCCGCAUUCCACAGAUACCCGAACAAUCCGACUUUCUAGAACGAUGGUAUCAAUUUUACAAUGGCUACCGGACCGUCACUCGUCCUGAUGGUGCCGAGGAAAGAGUUGCUGUCUUGGGUGAACGCUUCAGGGAUGUCUCUCCUGGUCGCCUUCCGAGAACCUUGGAUGAGCUCAGAGCUGGUCAAGAACGAAGUGACGCUGAUCAACGUCAACACGUCGAAAUCGCGACAAACAAUACCCCGGAAGGUCCUUCUUUGGACGAUGCCCUUGACCAGAUGUUCGAAGAAGCCGAAGAGGAAGAGCAGAAUACCAGUCGAAGCACGGAACAAGAACAACCUCCUACACUCGUACAUGCACCUUAUACCUUCAACUCGAACGACAGUCGUACCAGUCAUCGCGUUGCAGGUCAGGUCAUGAGAGCCGCUCCUCCAAGAAACCCCGAAUAUCAAGCCCGCAGGAUCGCCGCUCUUAGACGCGAACUCCUCAGGAUGCGUAAUGGCAUUGAGCGGGUCAUCUCCGGUCUCAGAGAUCUCGGCGAGCCUGUACCGGAUCAUUCAGACACUACCAAUCGACUCUCGGAACUAGGAAGAUCCCUCGAUGCCAUGUCCGUCAGAGAUCCGCCGCCGUCGUCACCUACGUCCAAUGCUGCCAAUCGCGAGACACGGGCUCCGGUUGUUGGUUCCGUCUAUCGCGAUCCUGAAUUGACUAGCGUUCAGCAACGCUUUGAUGAAGCCCAACGACAACUCGAACAGGCUCAAAGAUUCCGUGAUCAAGCAGCAGUGGAAUUUCAAUUGGCUCAAGCCAGUCAUACUGAGACUUCCGAAAUACUCGAAGGCGCGGAGCUUGAUCUGACUGAACACAGGGAGCAGGUCUCUCAACUUCGGCGUGAACAGCGCACAGCCGAGAACUAUGCUCGCCUGUUCGGAACUCGUGAGGAUAUGGAGACUCAGGGUGCCGAAUAUGAAAGUCCUAUUGGUGGCAUGUUUACUCGUGCAUAUGAACGAUUCAGAGUCGCCGAAGAAGUUAGACAAGAUGAGAGAACUUUGCGACAAGUCUUGGAGCAUGAGCAACUUGCCACUGGGCCGCUCUUUGCUAACAACGAUGACAACGAAGAAUCGAACCCAGCUGCCGACACUGUCUACGAGGAUCGACUCAACGAAUACUACUCUAUGCUUAGACAGCAAGACUGGGUGCAGAACAUUCGUGAGCCCACAUCGAACAAUAAUGCUACGCUUGCUUUCAGCCCCUCGAAUGUCGAACUACCGGAUUCGUCGGCAGGAACGCAGGCAGAAACUGUUACAUCUGAGCAAGCGCCAACCUCAGCUCCACCUCAGCAGAUGUCUACAUUGGAAAGACUCUUGCGUAAUACUCCUGAGCCUCAGAGAAGCUCCAUCAUUGCUCGAAUGGAACAAAACGGAACGGCUGCGGCUAUCCGAGAGUCUGAGAGUGGUAACCAUCUCGACGUCUGGCGUCGCCUUCGUGAUGCGUAUGCUCCCUUCAGAGGUAACUGGGAAGAGGAGAGCGAAUCAUCAGAUGACGAAGACCGUGCUAGAGGCGGUCUCGACGCUGAAGAUUCUGGACGCCCUGAACCCAAGGAAGAUGCCGACAUGACUCUUAAAUUGGACUGCAAGAUCUGCUACACACAAACCGCUGAUACUGCUUGUCUUCCUUGUGGGCAUUUAGUGAUGUGCCAGUGGUGCAGUUCACAGCAUUCACCUGUCAUGGAACAUGACAGAACGAGGCCACGUAAACCUGCCAACUGUCCGGUUUGUCGUAAGAAGAUCAAGCAGAAAGUGCGCAUCUAUCGAGCAUGA